GAGAACUAUUAUACAUAGAAAACGGAAUUUUGUCGCAGUAUAUUGCCAAUUGGUAAUCAGCAGCUACGUUGAUUCAUAUUCCGAUCGCAAUUUUAGGUUUUGCACCGCCAUCGUUUCUGCAUCGGUUCUGCACCGCCACCCACAAUGGCAACAUGACGUUUUUUAUGUUUAACCUUACUUAGGAAAUCACGUCGUCGUUUUCUGGUUGGCAGUGUGAAUCCAAAAAGUUUAUUUUUGCUUUUUAAAUUGUUUUUAGUAAAAACAGACAGCCACUUGAAUUAGCCAAACAUCCAUCGUGGGAGACAUAAUGAUGUUUUGUUCUUUAACGAUACAUUAGUAGGACUUUCUUCCUUGCAGCAAAGCAACUUCCGAAGGCUACGUUGCUGUCUACUUCAAACUAGACCGCUGCGGGUACCUCGGCAGCGCUGAGACCAACAUCCGUGGCCACUGCAGCUUGCUUCUCAUCGUUUAUUGGCGAUUCCGUAUCAUCUCCCUGAACCCUGCCUGUUGCUGCUUAAGCGCGCCGUGACCAGCCGCAAUCUGCAGUGACGCUGGUGGGGUUGGAGGAAGUCUGGCUCGAAGCUUCUCUCGUCAACGCAUCGUUGCCUCUCGUCGGUUAGCGUUGCGUGGCUCGUUGCGGACGCGCCGAACAGUUUCAGGUUGCGUCUCUAAGAUGGCCAUCUCCUCUUCGUAUUACUCAAUGAUCUGCGACGCCAGGGCAACUCGUUCAUUGUCUCAUGCUCCCUGUAGUUGAACCGUGAUCCGCCUAGAAGCUUCGUAGAUAAGGCUCCAGCUCUCGACCUCGCGACAGGUGAGGUUGGAGGGUGUCCGUCGAAUCGAACCUGAUCAACCAUGGCCGACACGCUUCUGGAUUUUGCAGCAAAGCGCGGGCACUCCAACAACACGUGUUCCUCGUCCUCCGAAACGCCGAUGAACUACUGACAGUCCGGGGACGGUCGUGAAUCCUUUGCUAAUAAGCAUUCUCGUAAAAAAAAAUCUGUCCUGACCUGUUUAAGCCUGUGCCUGGGCCAGAUGGAAGGUCGUGUCUCCGUGUUAAUGCCAGUCGCUGUCGGAAGACGAAUUGCAUAGUACUGAUAGCAACUUAGGUGCGAAUGUAGAGUGUAGCUUUAGCAUAGAUGUAGAUACUAACAAUACUAACAAUGACAGCGCUGCAACUGUUGACGAAAAUAAUUUGGAUGAUAUAGAAGAUGAACAGGAAGAAUGUGCUGAAGAUUUUUAUGAUGCUUAUAACUAUUUGAAUGAUUUUCAAAGUUUAAAAGAAGCUUUGAGAUAUUUGGCAAUAAUGGGUCAUCUUUCUCGCAACUUUCUCAACUUGCUUCUAGCAAUUUUAAGAAAAUUUGGUCAUCCUGAACUUCCUAAAGAUGGUCGUACUUUACUAAAAAUUCCUAAAGUUAGCCAAGAGAUUCAGCAUAUAGCAGGUGGACAAAUGUGGUACUCAGGGAUAGAAGUUGGCCUUCGAAAUUAUUUUAGGAAUCAUGUUCCAGAGGAAAAUAAGUUUUCGUUACAUAUUUUUAUCGAUGGGCUUCCUCUUUUCAAAAGUAGUGCUACACAAUUUUGGCCAAUUCUUUUUAAAGUAAAAGAAAUUCCCGAUUGCCCGGUAAUGAUCGCAGGUGUAUUUUGUGGUCAGAAAAAACCUACCGACUUAGAGCCUUAUUUGCGACAGCUCGUAGAUGAAUUAAACAAUUUGCAAGUAAUAGGCAUGCUGUUUGGAGAGAAAGUUGUAAAAAUUUUUGCCAAGGCUUUUGUCACCGAUACCCCUGCGCGGGCCUUUAUAAAAUCGGUAAUGUACUUUCCGGCAAAACAUGGGUGCACAAAGUGUACUCUCGUUGGAGAGUUUGUAAAACCGGAGCGCAAAGUAAUAUUUUGUUCACCACAACCUGCUCCAUCACGUACAGAUGAAAGUUUUCGACAAAGACACGAUACAGAGCAUCAUAAACAAAUUCGAUCUCCUUUAGAAGAGAUUGGUGGAUUAGAUAUGAUCAAAAGUUUUCCCACUUCUGAUCGACUUCAUCUUAUCGAUAUUGGCAACACUCGUAAAAUUUUGUACGGCCUUUUUCAUCAUAAAUUUAUAAGUUUUGUAAUAUGGUCUAGUGAACACAAGAAAAAUGCCUCUCACUUUUUGAUGAAAACGAAACUGCCUUCUGAAAUACAUCGACCAUUUCGAUCUCUUGACACUCUUCAGUAUUGGAAAGCAACUGAAUUUAGGUCUUUUCUACACUAUAUUAGCCCUGUUAUAUAUAAAGAUUUUAUGCACAGUGACGGCUUUAACCAUUAUUUGCUCUACUUUUGUGGCAUAACUAUUUUCUCAUCGUCAGUAUAUAAAAAUUUAAACCCGCUUGCAAAAAGAAUGCUUCAACAAUUUGUUGUUGAUUUCCCACUGUACUAUGGUCGCACCCAUAUGAGCAGCAAUGUGCACAAUCUUCUCCACGUAUUUGAUGACGUUGAAGAACUUGGUCCAUUGGACGAUUGGUCUUCUUAUGAUUAUGAAAACUUUUUACAGUUUAUUAAACGAGAUGUUAAGACAGGUUCAAAAUGUGUGGAACAAGUAGCGGGCAGAUGCAAGUUAUAUGCCUCAAUUAAUGUACAUCAUGGUCCCAAAGAAAAGAAAUAUCCCUGUUUGACUAUAGAUGGCUGUGGACUACAUGUAACUGAAAGCUUUGUUUUAAAACCAAAAUUUCGGGAUCAAUGGUUUUUAACAAAAUCAAAUGGUAUAGUGAAAUUUUUGAGAGCAGAAAUCUCUCCGCAGAAUUCGUUGGUUAUCGUUGGAAUCAAGUAUGAUAAUAAGGAAAAUUAUUUUACGGCUACAUUUAAAGAUAAUGUAUCUUUUGUAGCGAUACAGUCUAGUGAACUGAACAUUCAUAAACUAAAUUCUUAUUCACCAUCUACUAUGGUGACACUUGACCUUAAGUCUAUUAAAUGUAAGUUAGUUGCCGUUAAUUUACCCCCUCGUCCUCUUGUGUACUUUGAUGUUGAUGAAUUUCAAGAUUCUAUGCCUCCAUCUGUAUUAUUUAUUCCAUUAUUACACACUUUUCUUCCGAACUAACCAUAUUUUUUAUCUUAAAAUCAUGAUUGUGACUUGUUUUGUCUUAGUGUAAAUUAUAAUGUUAUUGAUUUUUUCAAAGGUUUACGGGUUUAUUUCAAAACUUUUGGUGGAGGGUAUAUCAUAGUAUGUAUAAUAUAUCAUAUAAUGUAUUAUGUAGAGGGUUUAGGUUGACGAUGUAUUACAUCACAUUUUGAAAGAGGGUACAUCAUAAUAAAAGUAUAAACUAGUUUUCAUUACAGAGUUAGCAGGGAAAGAAAUUUGUUUAAUCUACAGGAAACUUCAUUGUAGUUUUUUUUAUUGAACAGAUCAGCACGAAUUGUCGCAUGUACAUGCAUUUAAUAAUAAUUGUAAAAGUUAGUGAAAAAAACCAACAGAUUCAUUUCAUGUUUGUUUAUACUUUUUUAUGUAAACACAAUUAUUUUUGAUAAUAUGGACUAAUUACUACGUUUAACAACAAUGCCAAUCUUUAAAACAAAUUAUCCAAUCAACCUGUGAUCCAUAAGUAGUGUAACAUCCACGACAGUUAUAACUAAAAUAUUAGAACAGUUGAUUGAUCGUAUGGUAUCUUUUUGAUCAUUCCGUACAAACACUAAUCUCCAACAUCUAUUUUUUUUCUAAUACUGCUCAACGUGUUUCGCAUCCCAUACGAGGAUACAUCGAGGAAAAGCUAUCCCCUUACGUGACACGACACGACGUGACUGCGCUUAAUAUGGCAUUUCUUCCAGUCUCAACAGUAGAGUUCCGCUGGUUUUUUUGAUAAGAACUCUUUGGAACAUUGCUCAUAGCAAGGAUUUAUUUCGUAAUUCUAUAUAAUGCAUUUACACAACUCUAAUAACUUCUCCUCCACAGCAUUCAUCUCCUCAAUGGUCUCUACAGUGCAAAAGGUUGGCGAAGGGGAUUUAUCCGUGGGGCUCAAGCAGGUGUUUUGAUUCGCCAACAGUUGUUGCAUCAUCCCGGUCAGAACAUCGAGCUUGUUGUUCAUCACAUCGUUCUGGACCUUUAGCUGAGCUACCAUUCGACGUAAAAUCAUACAUUCUUUUGCCAAAUCAGUUGAUACCGGCACGUUGUUGUUUUUGUCCUCCAUCUAGAAAAGUUCCUUUUAUAUAGUUUCAUAGAGUAUUUAAACGUUGCCUGUGAGUUUUGUUUUACCUUGUGUAUGCAAAUCUAUAUCGACCAGUUGUCGCUUUUUUUGUCAAACAAUGAGAAGCUCUACACGAAGUGAAACUAGUGAACAAUACAAUCUCUUAAAUUCUUUGAA